GCUAGCGCGUUGUGCCUGGGAAAGUCCAUGGAAGCCCAGCUAUCAGAGGAUCUCCUGUCUAACUACAGCGCCACGGCCAGACCAGUGACGAACGCUUCACAUCCCGUCCUGCUGCGGGUUGGGUUUGCCUUGAACCAAAUCAUUGACCUGCUUUGGACAGAUGAGUUUCUCCAGUGGAACGCGAGCGAUUACCAGGGAUUAUCGGAAAUACGGAUUUCUACUGCCGAAAUAUGGAUGCCAGAUCUUACGCUUUACAACGACGUCCGCGAAGAGGAGCGAGGUCUGGACCAAUACAAAGUCACCGUGUAUCCAAAUGGCGCCGUCUACUGGUUAACGCCUAACAUUCUGAAAACCUAUUGUAAGCUGGACGUCACCUAUUUCCCCUACGACCAACAAGUUUGUCCUUUCAAGUUCGGUUCGUGGAGCUAUCACGGAUUCCAACUGGAUGUGACAAAUCGGUCCGCCUCCGGCGACACGUCAAGUUUCGUUGACAACGGUGAAUGGGAACUCGUGGACAUCCCAGUGCGACGCCAUGUUGUCAUGUACGGGUGCUGCCCAGAGCCAUACCCGGAUGUUACCUUCUACAUCGUUAUAAAGAGGCGGUCUCUGUAUUAUAUCUUCAACAUAGUGCUUCCCUGUGUGCUGAUUAGUUCUAUAGCUCUGGUUGUGUUUUACUUGCCCCCGGAGUCCGGCGAGAAGAUUGCCCUGGUGAUAACAGUUCUUCUCGCGCUCACGGUCUUCAUGCUGUUGAUAGCAGAGAUCAUGCCGCCCCAGUCAGAAGUGGUGCCGUUGAUAGGUCAGUACUUUAUUGGUGCCAUUGUAUUGCUGUCUUUAUCUACGGCCUUGACCGUGUACGUCAUGACCCUAUACCACAGUGGCAACCAUGCCAGACCAGUACCGGGAUGGCUGAGAAAGGUGGCCUUCCGCUGGCUGGCAACCAUAUUAUGCAUGAGAGCGACGGUGAAAAGAAAAGCACGGGUUCACCCGGCGAUAAGUGAGAAAAAGGAUCAGCCGCAGCACAACGACAAGGAGACAAGCGACACAAAGCAGACCUCUGUCUGGACCACUAGUAACAAUGCAAACGACCAUAGCCAGACGACGCCUUUUUCAAAUACACGGGAUGAAAAACUCACUGACGACAAUGUCACACAAACGAAAGGAGACGCCGAGGAAACAAACACGCUUCUGAGGAAAAUUUUACAUCAUUUCAGUGCCUUGGUGACCUCCAUGGCCGAUCAUAAAGCACACGAAAGCAUUGAGACGGAAUGGCAUAUUGUUGCAAAAAUUAUUGACAGGCUUUUAUUGGUACUAUUUUUCACCAUGACUGUGACGCUGAACCUGUUUUUCUUGUGUUUCCGUCCCAGUUACGAGUAUUCUGUAGACUGAGUGGAGAGUGCUAAACCAGCUAGCGUAUGUUUGAAGUUUUAUCGACUGAUUUAGUAAUGAAAAAUGCUUCUAGACGACAAGACAAGAAUUGUCAUACAAAAUAACCACAUUUAUCGUUAUUAGCUGCUCCAUGUUUCUAAAGCGCUAUGAGUUGUAAUGUAGCAAUCAAUAUUGAAAAGUUCGCAAUGUGUUUAAUCAAAACGAAACAUGCACGACGUAGAGCUCUGUAUCAAAAAAGAAAACAUGCUGAGUGGUUUUAACAACAGUCAGGAACGUGAGUACAUGAUUACCUUCAUCCUGGUAAGGUGGUUCCAGUCGUAAUCUAGCACUUCAAUCUCGCCCAGUGAUCCAUCAACUUAUUCAAAUAAUUUUUAAAGCGGUGGAGAAUAAAAGUCAGUCGAUUUUUUAAAUCAAAUGUGGGAGUUAGUUUUUCUUUAACGUUGAAAAUCCAUUUUUGGCAGACAGGCUAAUGAAAAUUGUCUGUUGGAUUGUUUUCAUAAGUAAUAUAUUUGUCUAGAUCACAAGGGAUUAUCGGAAAUACGGAUUUUUGUAUAUUAGUCUAGAUUUCUACACUAAAUUGUAUCGCUGUCUUAUAUUGUACUUUUCUGUAAUGUCUGACGUACAUGUAGAAUUAUGAAAUUCUUUUACUAAGGACUGAAAAUUUAAACUACCCAUUCCAUGCAGAUGUCUUAUAUAUG